AUGAAUCACACGGUUCUGUCCUCUGUGGACAGUCUCUGUGCAGAGCUGUUGUCUAAUGGACGGCGAGGCUUCGACCCGUCUCCUGCAGUGACCAGGGCUGUCACAAACGUCGUGUGCACGUUAGUGUUCAGCGCUACCUAUCGCCAUGGCGACGCAGAGCUGCAGGAGGUGAUCCGCUACAAUGACGGGAUCGUCCAGACCAUCGCCAGAGGAGGACUGGUGGACAUUUACCCCUGGAUGAAGGUCUUUCCUAACAAGUGUCUCAGUAAACUGAAGGAGUGUAUCACCGUCAGAGACAGACUGCUGUCCCGAAAACUUGAGGAGCACAAGGUGUCUCUGAGUGACGGUGACCCCCGCGACCUCCUGGACGCCUUGUUAAAGGGAAAGACGGACAGUAAGUCCCCUGGUUGUGAGGAGGACAGGAUCACUGAUGACCACGUCCUGAUGACGGCGGCUGAGGCUUUUGGCGCUGGCGUGGAAACAACGUCCACCACGCUGCUGUGGAUCCUGGCGUACCUGCUGCACCACCCGCAGGUCCAGGAGCGCGUGCAGAAGGAGCUGGACGAACACGUGGGCGAGCGAGCCGUUUGCGUGUCGGACCGCGGCCGGCUGCCGUACCUGGACUGUGUCAUCAACGAGGGCAUGAGGAUCCGCCCGGUCAGCCCCGUGCUGAUCCCGCACACCGCCAUGACGGACAGCAGGUGA